AUGGAGAAACCUUCGGCUUCUUCGAUGCUUGAGAGGACGACCUCCAUUGAAGAACCAAAGACUCUCUCUGAAGAGGAACUGAACGAAUUCAGGGCGGCAGCGUUGAAGGUGAUUGAUACCCAUGGAAGAGAGGAGGCUGAAAAAAUAUUUAUGGGGGGUUUGAAGCCUGUGACAGUAACAACAAAGCCGGUAGGAGGUUCAAAGCGAAAGCAUCUGUGGAAAAAGGCCUCGUCGUAA